GGCACCCAGCAGCUGCUGGACUGUAGACGCGGUCCAGUGGUGUGGAGUUCUAAUUGUUUUUUGCCUUUUCAUUCGUUUAAUCAGUAUCAAUAAUGUUUACUUCUGUAACAAACAUGAUAGCUACUGGAUUGUUUUUCUUGGGAUUUUUGCACUGUUUGGAGGUUAUCGCUCCAGCCAGAGCCAUUGGUGCCUUGAAGACAUGCAGCCCGAAGCAGUUUGUGUGUAAGGACCAGGUCACAUGCAUCUCCAAGGGUUGGCGCUGCGAUGGGGAGAAAGACUGUCCUGAUGGCUCCGAUGAGGCACCUGAUGUCUGUCCGCACAGCAGGGUGUCCCGUUGUCCCUCUAAUGAGUACCAGUGUCUGGGCACAGAGCUGUGCAUCCACAUGAGCAAGCUGUGUGAUGGCGUCCAUGACUGCACAGACGGCUGGGAUGAGGGACCGCACUGCCGAGAGUUUGCCUCAAACUGCACUCACUUUGGCUGCCAGUACAACUGCUCUGUGACACCCGUGGGGCCCAUGUGCUACUGCAAGAGCGCCUUCGAGAUCCACUUGGAUGGCAAGACCUGCAAGGACUUGGAUGAGUGCACAGUGUAUGGGACCUGCAGCCAGUCCUGCACCAACAAUGAGGGCUCCUACACCUGCAGCUGUGUGGAGGGCUACCUGCUACAGCCAGACAAUCGCUCCUGCAAAGCAAAGAAUGAACCAGUGGACCGGCCUCCGGUGCUGCUCAUUGCCAACUCUCAGAACAUCCAGGCCACGUCUUUGAGUGGCACCUCAGUCCACAGCCUGCUGUCCACCAGCACCAAGCAGACCACUGCCAUGGAUUUCAGCUACACCGAGGAGACGGUGUGCUGGAUCCACGUGGGUGACACAGCUGCCAGCACACAGCUCAAGUGCGCCAGGAUUCCCAACCUGAAGAGCUUUACUGAAGAGAGGACCAUCAACAUCUCACUGAGCCUGCACCAUGUGGAGCAGAUGGCCAUUGACUGGCUUACGGGAAACUUCUACUUUGUGGAUGACGUGGACGAUCGCAUUUUCGUCUGUGACAAGGAUGGGGUCACCUGCGUCACGCUGCUGGACCAGGAACUCUACAACCCCAAAGGCAUUGCCCUGGAUCCCACCAUGGGGAAGGUGUUUUUCACCGACUAUGGUCAGAUCCCGAAGGUGGAGCGCUGCGACAUGGACGGGCAGAACCGCACCAAGCUGGUGGACAGCAAGAUCGUCUUCCCCCACGGUAUCACGCUGGACCUGGUCAACAGGCUAGUGUACUGGGCCGAUGCCUACCUGGACUACAUCGAGGUGGUGGACUACGAGGGCAAAAACCGGCACACCAUCAUGCAGGGUCUUCUGAUUGAACAUUUGUAUGGCCUGACGGUCUUUGAAAACUACCUAUAUGCCACCAACUCGGACAACGCCAACAUGCAGCCGAAGACCAGCGUUAUCAGGGUCAAUCGCUUCAACAGCUCUGACUACCAGGUGGUUACCCGCGUGGAUAAGGGGGGCGCCCUGCACGUCUACCACCAGAGACGCCAGCCCCCAGUGCGUAGCCAUGCUUGUGAGCCUGACCAGUUUGGGAAGGCGGGUGGCUGCUCUGACAUCUGCCUGCUGGGGAACAGCCACAAGACGCGCACCUGCCGCUGCCGCUCUGGAUUCAGUCUGGGCAGCGACAGCAAGUCCUGCAAAAAGCCAGAGCAUGAGCUCUUCCUUGUGUAUGGGAAGGGCCGGCCGGGCAUCAUCCGCGGCAUGGACAUGAACGCCAAAGUGCCGGAUGAGUACAUGAUCCCGAUUGAAAACCUGAUGAACCCCCGUGCCCUGGACUUUCAUGCCGAGAGCGAGUUCAUCUACUUCGCCGAUGCCACCAGCUACCUCAUUGGCCGGCAGAAGAUUGAUGGCACCGAGAGGGACACCAUCCUGAAGGAAGGAAUCCACACUGUGGAGGGCAUCGCAGUGGACUGGAUGGCCGACAACUUGUACUGGACUGACGAUGGGCCCAAGAAGACCAUCAGCGUGGCCCGGCUGGAGAAGGCCUCACAGACCCGCAAAACCCUCAUCGAGGGCAAGAUGACCCACCCCCGUGCCAUCGUGGUUGACCCCCUGCACGGGUGGAUGUACUGGACAGACUGGGAGGAGGACCCGAGUGAGAGCAAGCGGGGGAAGAUCGAGCGGGCCUGGAUGGACGGCACCAACCGCAAUGUCUUUCUCACAUCCAAGACCGUCCUGUGGCCCAAUGGCCUGAGCCUGGACAUCCCGCAGGGCAUCCUGUACUGGGUGGAUGCCUACUAUGAUCGCAUUGAAAUGGUCUACCUCAACAACACGGAGCGCAAGACUGUGUACGAGGGCCAGGAGCUGAACCAUGCCUUUGGCCUGUGCCACUACAAGCACUUCCUAUUCUGGAACGAGUAUCGCAGUGGCAGCAUCUACAAGCUGGAUCAGGUCACCAAGACUGUCACCCUGCUGCGCAAUGAGCGCCCGCCCAUCUUUGAGAUCCGCAUGUAUGAUGCCCAGCAGCAACAAGGGUCCAAUGCGUGCCGUGUAAAUAAUGGCGGCUGCAGCAGCCUUUGCCUGGCCAUCCCGGAUGCCAGAACCUGCGCCUGUGCCGAGGACCAGCUGCUGGACGCGGACAACGUCAGCUGCAAAGCGAACCCCUCCUACAUGCCCCCGCCUCAGUGCCAGCCCGGGGAGUUUGCCUGCAAGAACAACCGCUGCAUCCAGGAGCGCUGGAAGUGUGAUGGGGACAAUGACUGCCUGGACAACAGCGAUGAGGCGCCCGAGUUGUGCCACCAGCACACCUGCCCCGCGGACCGCUUCAAGUGCCAGAACAACCGUUGCAUCCCGACACGCUGGCUGUGCGACGGUGACAACGACUGCGGAAAUGAUGAGGAUGAGUCCAACACCACCUGUUCAGCACGGACAUGCCCUCCAAACCAGUUUUCCUGUACCAGCGGGCGCUGCAUCCCCAACUCUUGGACCUGUGAUCUGGACGACGACUGUGGUGACCGCUCCGACGAGCCAGCCUCCUGUGCCUACCCUACUUGCUUCCCCCUCACCCAGUUCACCUGUAACAACGGCCGCUGCAUCAAUAUUAACUGGCGCUGUGACAACGAAAAGGAUUGUGGGGACGGCUCUGAUGAAAUGAAUUGUCCGAACCCAACCGAUAACGACUGUGGGGACAACAGUGACGAGGCGGGCUGCAGCCAUUCCUGCUCCAGUGCGCAGUUCAAGUGCAACAGUGGCCGCUGCAUCCCAGAAUACUGGACCUGCGACGGGGACAAUGACUGUGGGGACUACAGUGAUGAGACCCAUGCCAACUGCACGAAUCAGGCCACGCGGCCUCCUGGUGGCUGCCACAUUGACGAAUUCCAGUGUCGCAUGGACGGGCUGUGCAUCCCCAUGCGCUGGCGCUGCGAUGGCGACACUGACUGCAUGGACCUCAGCGAUGAGAAGAACUGUGAGGGCGUCACCCACAUGUGCGACCCAGCCGUCAAGUUUGGCUGCAGAGACUCUGCCCGCUGUAUCAGCAAGGCCUGGGUGUGUGACGGGGACAGUGACUGCGAGGACAACUCAGAUGAGGACAACUGCGAGGCGCUGGUGUGCAAGCUCUCCCACCACGUCUGCGCCAACGACACAUCCAUCUGCCUGCCCGCUGACAAGAUGUGUGACGGCACUGAUGACUGCCCGGACGGCUCGGACGAGAAGCUCUGUGACCUGUGCUCCCUGGACAAUGGCGGCUGCAGUCAUAAUUGCACAGUGGCGCCGGGGGAGGGCAUCCUCUGCUCCUGCCCGCUGGGGAUGGAGCUGGGCCCCAACAACAAGACCUGCCAGAUCCAGAGCUUCUGUGCCAAGCACCUGAAGUGCAGCCAGCGCUGCCAGCAGGACAGGCACCAUGUCAAGUGCUCCUGCUAUGAGGGCUGGGAGCUGGAGCCCGACAUGGAGAACUGCAAGAGCAAGGACCCCUUCAAGCCCUUCAUAAUCUUUUCCAACCGGCAUGAGAUCCGCCGCAUUGACCUGCACAAGGGCGAGUUCAGUGUGCUGGUGCCAGGCUUGCGCAACACCAUCGCUCUGGACUUCCACCUCAACCAGAGUGCCCUCUACUGGACCGAUGUGGUGGAGGACAAGAUCUACCGUGGCAAGCUGUCCGAGAAUGGCGCCUUGACCAGCUUUGAGGUGGUGAUCCAAUAUGGCCUGGCCACUCCAGAGGGGCUGGCAGUAGACUGGAUUGCUGGGAACAUCUAUUGGGUGGAAAGCAACCUGGACCAGAUCGAGGUGGCCAAGCUGGAUGGUACCAUGCGGACCACGCUGCUGGCAGGAGAGGUGGAGCACCCACGGGCCAUCGCCCUGGAUCCCCGAUAUGGCAUCCUGUUCUGGACUGACUGGGACGCCAGCCUGCCCAGGAUAGAGGCAGCAUCCAUGAGUGGGGAAGGCCGUCGCACCAUCCACAAGGAGACGGGCAAUGGCGGCUGGCCCAACGGGCUGACUGUGGACUACCUGGAGCAGCGCAUCCUGUGGAUCGAUGCCAGGUCUGACGCGAUCUACUCAGCGCUGUACGACGGCACAGGGCUGAUCGAGGUGCUGAGGGGACACGAGUACCUGUCUCACCCAUUCGCCGUCACUAUGUACGGGGGCGAGGUCUACUGGACUGACUGGCGCACCAACACACUGGCCAAGGCCAACAAGUGGACGGGGCUCAAUGUGACAGUGGUGCAAAGGACCAACACCCAGCCCUUUGACCUGCAGGUGUACCACCCCUCCAGGCAGCCCCAGGCCCCAAACCCAUGUGCUGCCAAUGAAGGAAAAGGUCCCUGCUCUCACCUGUGCCUGAUCAACUACAACCAGACCUUCUCCUGCGCCUGCCCCCACCUGAUGAAGCUCAGCACAGACAAGCACACUUGCUACGAGUCCCGGCAGUUCCUCCUUUAUGCACGGCAGAUUGAGAUUCGAGGGGUAGACAUCGACAACCCCUACUACAACUACAUCAUCUCCUUCACUGUACCAGACAUUGACAAUGUCACAGUGGUGGACUAUGACGCACUGGAAAGCCGCAUCUACUGGUCUGACGUCCGCACCCAGACCAUCAAGCGGGCCUUCAUCAACGGCACUGGGGUGGAGACCGUGGUGUCCGCAGAUCUGCCCAACGCCCACGGCCUGGCAGUAGACUGGGUCUCCCGGAACCUGUUCUGGACCAGCUACGAUUCCAACAAGAAGCAGAUCAACGUGGCACGGCUGGAUGGCUCCUUCAAGAACGCCGUCAUCCAGGGCCUGGACAAGCCCCGCUGCCUGGUGCUACACCCUAUUCUGGGCAAGCUGUACUGGACCGAUGGAGACAACAUCAGCAUCGCUAACAUGGACGGGAGCAAUCGCAGCGUGCUAUUCACCAAUCAGGAGGGACCAGUCGGUCUGUCCAUCGACUAUGAUGCGGGGCUCCUGUACUGGAUUAGCUCUGGGAACAGCACCAUCAACCGUUGCAAGCUGGACGGCAGUGGGCUGGAGGUGAUCGAGGCAGACAAACUGAACAAAGCCACAGCACUGGCCAUCAUGGGGGACAAGCUGUGGUGGGCAGACCAGGGUAGAGAUCAGAUUGGGACAUGUGACAAGAAAGAUGGGGGCAACUGGAAGGUCCUCAGGAACAGUACAUCUCCCAUCAUGCACCUGAAGAUCUACAACGAGACUGUGCAGAAGGGCACCAACCUGUGCAGCACCAACAAUGGGGACUGCUCCCAGCUGUGCCUGCCCACCUCGCCCUCCACCCGAGCCUGCAUGUGCACUGCCGGCUACAGCUUGAAGAGUGGUCAGCGGUCCUGUGAGGGGGUGGGCUCCUUCUUGUUGUACUCUGUGCAUGAGGGAAUCCGUGGGAUCCCACUGGACCCCUCUGACAAGUCUGAUGCCCUGGUGCCAGUAUCAGGCACCUCCUUAGCAGUGGGCAUCGACUUCCAUGCCGAGAAUGACACCAUCUACUGGGUGGACAUGGGCCUGAGCACCAUCAGCCGUGCCAAGCGGGACCAGACCUGGCGUGAGGAUGUGGUGACCAAUGGCAUCGGCCGCGUGGAGGGCAUCGCCGUUGACUGGAUCGCGGGAAACAUCUACUGGACAGACCAGGGCUUCGAUGUGAUCGAGGUGGCCAGACUGAACGGGUCCUUCCGAUACGUGGUCAUCUCCCAGGGCCUAGACAAACCCCGUGCCAUUGCAGUGCACCCAGAGAAAGGGUACUUGUUCUGGACUGAGUGGGGACAGUUUCCACGUAUUGAGAGGUCACGCCUGGAUGGCUCUCAGAGGGUCGUGCUUGUCAAUGUCAGUGUCAGUUGGCCGAACGGCAUCUCCAUCGACUAUCAGGAGGGUCUGCUCUACUGGUGCGACGCUCGGACAGACAAGAUUGAGCGCAUUGAACUGGAGACAAGCGAGAACCGGGAGGUGGUGCUGGCCAACAACAACAUGGACAUGUUUGCUGUGUCUGUCUUCGAGAACUACAUCUACUGGAGCGACAGGACUCACGCCAAUGGCUCCAUCAAGAGAGGGAACAAGGACAAUGCCACCGACUCAGUGUCCCUGAGGACUGGCAUCGGAGUGCAGCUGAAGGACAUCAAGGUCUUCAACAGGGCACGGCAACAGGGGACCAACGUCUGCAAGGACAACAACGGCGGGUGCCAGCAGCUAUGCCUCUAUCGCGGUAAUGGAGAGUGCACCUGUGCCUGUGCCCAUGGCAUGCUGGCAGAAGACGGGCGUGGCUGCCGCGAUUAUGAGGGCUACCUGCUGUACUCGGAGCGCACCAUCCUCAAGAGCGUCCAUCUCUCGGAUGAGAACAACCUCAAUGCACCCAUCAAGCCCUUCGAGGACCCUGAGCACAUGAAGAACGUCAUCGCCCUGGCCUUCGACUACCGUGGCGGUGGCGGCAAGGGCGCCAACCGCAUCUUUUUCAGUGACAUCCACUUUGGCAACAUCCAGCAGAUCAACGACGAUGGGUCAGACCGCAAGACCGUGGUGGAGAAUGUGGGUUCAGUGGAGGGCCUGGCAUAUCACCGGGGCUGGGACACUCUGUACUGGACCAGCUACACCACUUCCACCAUCACCCGCCACACGGUGGACCAGAACCGCUGGGGUGCCUACGACCGAGACACCGUGGUCACCAUGUCUGGAGAUGACCACCCCCGUGCUUUUGUGCUGGAUGAGUGUCAGGACCUGAUGUUCUGGACCAACUGGAACGAGCAGUCUCCCAGCAUCAUGCGGGCCUCCCUAUCGGGUGCCAACGUGCUGGUGAUCAUUGGCAGCGACAUCCGCACACCCAAUGGCCUGGCCAUCGACCACCGCGCUGAGAAGCUUUACUUCUCUGAUGCCACCCUGGAUAAAAUCGAGCGCUGCGAGUACGACGGCUCCCACCGCCAUGUGGUCCUGAAGAACGAGCCAGUGCACCCUUUCGGCCUGGCCGUCUAUGGGGACUACAUCUUCUGGACGGACUGGGUUCGGAGGGCCGUGCUGCGUGCUGACAAGUACGUGGGCGGAGACAUGAAGGUCCUGCGGGCAGACAUACCCCAGCAGCCAAUGGGCAUUGUGGCCGUGGCCAAUGACACCAACAGCUGCGAGUUCUCGCCCUGUCGAGUGAACAAUGGUGGCUGCCAGGACCUGUGUCUGCUCACCUCCGAGGGGCGGGUCAACUGCAGCUGCCGUGGUGAACGCAGGCUGCUCGAGGACAACACCUGUACUGCCCUGAACACGACUUGCAACAGCAUUGACGAGUUUGAGUGUGGGAAUGGCGACUGCAUCAACUAUAGCCUGACCUGCGAUGGCAUGGCGCACUGCAAGGACAAGUCAGAUGAGAAGCAGUCCUACUGCACCAAUCGUGUGUGCAAGAAAGGCUACAGGCGCUGCAUCAAUGGCCGCUGCAUUGCACACCGCUUCUGGUGCAACUCAGUGGACGACUGCGGGGACAACUCAGACGAGCUGCCCUGCAACACGACGCUGUGCGCACUAGGUGAGUUCCAGUGCCGAGACAGAGGCUGCAUUUCCAAUUCCAGCCGCUGCAACCACGUGGUGGACUGUGAGGACGCAACCGAUGAGAUGAACUGCUCUGCCACCGAUUGCUCUAGCUACUUCCGUCUGGGAGUAAAGGGCGUCACCUUCCAGAAGUGUGAGAUGACCACUCUGUGCUAUGCCACAUCCUGGAUCUGUGAUGGCUCAAAUGACUGUGGGGACUACUCUGAUGAGAGAAACUGCCCAGAUAAGAAGAAGACGAAGUGCCCAGUGAACUUCUUCGCCUGCCCCAGCGGCCGCUGCAUCCCCAUGAGCUGGACCUGUGACAAGGAGAACGACUGUGAGAACGGGGCAGACGAGAUGCACUGUGACAAGCUGUGCACACCUGCGCAGUUUGAGUGCGGCAAUCACCGCUGCAUCUCCGCCACCUGGGUCUGUGACGGAGCCGAUGACUGCGGUGAUGGCACAGACGAGGACGGCCGCUGCAAAAACAAGACCUGCAGUCCUGAGGCGUUCCACUGCCCCGGCUCCCAUGUGUGUGUCCCUCAGCGCUGGAAGUGUGAUGGGGACAAGGACUGCCCCGAUGGAGCCGAUGAGAGUGCCAAGGCAGGAUGUGUGUUCAACAACACCUGCGACAAGGGCGAAUUCAUGUGCCAGAACAAGCAGUGCAUCCCCAAGCACUUUGUCUGCGAUCAUGACAAUGACUGUGGCGACGGCUCUGACGAAUCGCUGGAGUGCGAGUACCCCACAUGCGGGACGAGUGAGUUCCGCUGCGCCAACGGCCGCUGCCUCAUCCGCAACGUUUGGGAGUGCGAUGGCGAGUUCGACUGCCAUGACCACUCUGACGAGGCCCCCAAGAACUCGCGCUGCAAUGGCCCAGAAAAGAAGUGCAACGACACUGCAUUUGUGUGCAAGAACAGCAACUGCGUCAAUGAGACAUUGCUGUGCAACGGGGCUGAUGACUGUGGUGAUGGCUCCGACGAGCUCAACUGCUUUGUCAAUGAAUGCCUGAGCAGCAAGCUAAGUGGCUGCUCCCAGCUUUGUGAGGACCUGAAGAUCAGCUACAAGUGCAGGUGUUACCCUGGCUUCCAUCUGAAGGAUGAUGGGAAGACCUGCACAGACAUCGAUGAGUGCACAACCACGUACCCCUGCUCCCAGCGCUGCAUCAACACCCACGGCAGCUUCCACUGCCUGUGCGUGGAGGGCUUUGAACCGCGACCUGACGAUCCCACAUCCUGCAAGUCUACCUCAGAGGAAGAGCCCUUCCUCAUUUUUGCUAACCGUUACUACCUGAGGAAGCUGAACCUGGACGGUUCCAACUACACACUUCUGAAACAGGGUCUGAACAACGCGGUUGCCCUGGACUUUGAUUAUCGCGAGCAGAUGAUCUACUGGACGGACGUGACCACUCAGGGCAGCAUGAUCAGGCGCAUGCACAUCAACGGCAGCAAUGUGCAGGUACUGCACCGCACCUCCCUCAGCAACCCAGACGGAUUGGCUGUGGAUUGGGUGGGCGGGAACUUGUAUUGGUGUGACAAGGGCAGGGACACCAUCGAGGUGUCCAAGCUGAACGGCGCCUACAGGAUGGCGCUGGUCAGCACAGGGCUGAGGGAGCCGCGUGCUGUGGCCGUGGACGUGCGGAAUGGGUACCUGUACUGGUCUGACUGGGGUGACAGUCCCCACAUCGGACGCAUUGGCAUGGACGGGACCAACCGUAAAAUCAUCGUGGAGGAGAAAAUCACCUGGCCCAAUGGCCUUACGCUGGACUUCAUCAACGACCGCAUCUACUGGGCCGAUGCCCGCGAGGACUACAUCGAGUUUGCCAGCCUGGAUGGCAGCAACCGUCACACAGUGCUGAGUCGGGACAUCCCGCACAUCUUUGCCAUGACACUGUUCGAGGAGUACAUCUACUGGACUGACUGGGAGACCAAGUCCAUCAACCGCGCCCACAAGACUCUGGGCACCAACAAGACCAUGCUGAUCAGCACCCUACACCGGCCCAUGGACAUCCACAUAUACCACCCCUACCGCCAGCCUGAAGUGACCAACCACCCCUGCCAGACAGACAAUGGGGGCUGCAGUAACCUGUGCCUGCUGUCCCCUGGUGGUGGAUACAAGUGCGCCUGUCCCUCAAAUUUCUACCUGGCCAACGAUGGGCGACAGUGCUUGUCCAACUGCACCGCCAGCCAGUUUGUUUGCCAAAAUGACAAGUGCAUCCCCUUCUGGUGGAAAUGUGACACAGAAGACGACUGUGGGGACCGGUCUGAUGAGCCUGCCGAUUGCCCCGAGUUCAAGUGUCGACCCGGCCAGUUCCAGUGCGGCACGGGGAUUUGCACCAAUCCUGCCUAUAUCUGCGAUGGAGACAAUGACUGUCAGGACAACUCUGACGAGGCCAACUGCGAUAUCCAUGUGUGCCUGCCCAGCCAGUUCAAGUGCACCCAUCCCAGCCGCUGCAUCCCUGGAAUCUUCCGCUGUAAUGGACAGGACAACUGUGGAGAGGGGGAGGAUGAGAAGGACUGUCCUGAGGUGACCUGCGCCCCCAACCAAUUCCAGUGUGCCAUCACCAAGCGCUGCAUCCCGCGUGUCUGGGUGUGUGACCGUGACAACGACUGUGUGGAUGGCUCAGACGAACCUGCCAACUGCACCCAGAUGACGUGUGGAGUGGACGAGUUCCGCUGUAAGGACUCUGGCCGCUGCAUCCCAGCACGCUGGAAGUGUGAUGGUGAAGAUGACUGCGGCGACGCCUCUGAUGAGCCCAAGGAGGAGUGUGAUGAGCGUACUUGCGAGCCCUACCAGUUCCGUUGUAAGAAUAACCGUUGUGUCCCUGGCCGCUGGCAGUGUGACUACGACAAUGACUGUGGCGACAACUCUGAUGAGGACAAGUGUGUGCCACGGCAGUGCUCAGAGAGCGAGUUUGCCUGCACCAAUGGCCGCUGCAUUGCGGGGAGGUGGAAGUGUGACGGCGACCACGACUGUGCUGAUGGGUCAGAUGAGAACGGCUGCGACCUGAAGUGUGACAGCGACCAGUUCCAGUGCAAGAAUGGCCACUGCAUCCCCAUUCGCUGGCGCUGUGACGCAGAUGCCGACUGCAUGGACGGCAGUGAUGAGGAGAAGUGCGACAGUGGAGUGGGACGACACUGCCCCCUGGAGGAGUUCCAGUGCAACAACACCCUCUGCAAGCCACUAGCCUGGAAGUGUGAUGGGGAGGAUGACUGUGGGGACAACUCGGACGAGAAUCCAGAGGAAUGCAAGAAAUUCCAGUGCCCGCCCACCAGGCAGUUCCGCUGCCACAAUGACCGCGUGUGCCUGUGGGUCAGCAAGCAGUGCGAUGGUGUUGACAACUGUGGGGACAACACUGAUGAGCUCAACUGCCAGGUCCCACCAGCCACACCUGUCUGUGAGAAGGAUGAGUUCCUGUGCAGCAAUGGCAGGUGUAUCAGCUCCACCCUGCGCUGCAACUUUUUUAACGACUGUGAGGACUACGGCUCUGACGAGAUCGGCUGCAAGACAGACACAGUGCUAAACAACUGCCGUAGUAACAGGACCCUGUGCGGGGAUGGAGAUGAGGCCCACUGCAUCACCAAUGGCACCAACUCCUUCUGCUCCUGCAAGCCAGGCUUCCAGAAGACCAGCCACAACACCUGCGAGGAUAAGAAUGAGUGCAAGCUGUUUGGUGUGUGCUCCCACAUCUGCAACAACACCAAGGGCUCCUACAAGUGCAGCUGCCACAAGCACUUCACCAGAAUCAACGACACAUGCAAGGCUGACAAUCUCAACAGCAAUAGGCAGGUGCUCUACAUUGCUGAUGACAAUGAGAUCCGCAGCCUCGACCCAGGAAUGCCCAACUGGGUGUAUGAGCAGACCUUCCAGGGCGACGCCAACGUGCGCAUCAAUGCCAUGGACCUGCAUGUCAAGUCCAACAAGAUCUUCUGGACCAACUGGCACACGGGGCGAAUCUCUGUCUACGAGCUGCCUGCCCCCUUGCCCAACUCCAACCGCAACCGGCGCCAGAGCCAAACUCGCCUCAUGGACCUGGAGAUACCUGGCCUGAAGAUGCCACGCGGGAUUGCGGUGGACUGGGUCGCCAGCAACAUCUACUGGACUGACUCUGGGCGGGACGUCAUCGAGGUGGCCCAGAUGAACGGGGGCCACCGUAAGACGCUGAUCUCGGGCAUGAUUGACGAGCCCUACGCCAUUGUGGUGGACCCCCAGAGAGGAACCAUGUACUGGGCAGACUGGGGAAACCACCCAAAAAUCGAGACUGCUGCCAUGGAUGGGACCAUGAGAGAGACUCUGGUCCAGGAGAACAUUCAGUGGCCCACAGGUUUGGCAGUAGACUACUUCAAUGAGCGCCUGUACUGGGCUGACGCCAAGUUGUCAGUCAUUGGCAGUGUCCGCCUCAAUGGCACAGACCCUGUGGUGGCCGUCACCAGCGCCAAGAACAAGCUUCACCUCCCAUUCAGCAUAGACAUCUUCGAGGACUACAUCUACGGUGUCACCUACAUCAACAAUUUUGUCUUCCGGGUGAACAAGUUUGGCAAAGGGCCUAUGGAGAACCUGACCACGGCGAUGAACCAUGCCACAGACAUUGUGCUGUACCACCGCUACAAGCAGCCCGAAAUGACAAACCCAUGUGACAGGAAGAAGUGUGAGUGGCUAUGUCUCCUGAGCCCCAGUGGGCCUGUCUGCACCUGUCCUAAUGGCCACACACUGGACAAUGGCACUUGCGUGGAGGUCCCCACCCCCACACAGUCUCCCAUAGUGCCGGCACCUGGAGGCUGCAGUGUGCAGUGCCUUAACGGGGGCAGCUGCUUCUUAAAUGCCCACAAGCAGCCCAAGUGCCGCUGCCAACCCAACUACAGUGGAGAGAAGUGUGAAAUCGACCAGUGCAGGGACUACUGCCAGAAUGGAGGCACCUGCACUGCCUCCCCAACAGGAACGCCAACAUGUCGCUGUCUGACGGGAUUCACAGGCCCCAUCUGCAACCUGCACACCUGCAACAACUACUGUCAGAACAGCGGCAACUGCACCGUCAACCAGGGAAACCAGCCCACCUGCCGCUGCCCCCCCGACUUCCUGGGCGACCAGUGCCAGUAUCGAACAUGCGAGGGCCACUGCAAAAAUGGCGGCACUUGCCUGCAGGCAGCCAGCGGAACCAAACAAUGUCGUUGCCCCCCGCAGUUCGACGGGCACACCUGCGAACUGGAUAGGUGCCACUACUGCUGGGACGGCGAGUGCAUCCCCACCAAUUCCUACCACCCCACAGGGGAGGUCACCUGCAGAUGUACCGAUGGCAGCAUCCAGCCCAGCUGCUAUACCUGUAAUGAGUAUUGUAUACAUGGACAGUGCUCCAUCAACCCACGCACACACCUGCCAGAGUGCCAGUGUUUGAAGGGUUGGACGGGAUAUCGCUGUGGUGUCAACACUCUCCCUGUGAAUUCCCCAGAUUCUAAUAGUAGAACGAUCUCCAUCGUCAUACCAGUGCUACUGCUGCUGCUAGCGGUGCUACUGGUUGCUGGUGCCAGCUUGUGGUACAGGAGGAGAAUGCGUGGGUCUGUAAGGCAAGGCAAAUCCUGCUCAAGACACUCGCGUGCCAAGGGCUUUCAGCACCAGAGGAUGACCAACGGGGCCAUGAACGUUGAGAUCGGGAACCCAGCCUACAAGAUCUAUGAGGGGGAACCAGAUGACGACUCUGGGGAGCUCCUUGAUUCUGACUUCACACUGGACCCUGACAAGCCCACCAACUUCACCAACCCGGUGUAUGCCACCUUGUAUAUGGGCGCCCACACCAGCCGCAAUUCCCUGGCCAGCACAGACGAGAAGAAGGAGCUGCUGUCCAGGGUGGAGGAGGACAUGGCUGACCCACUGGCAUAAACUGUCAGCCUUGUGCCACCCAAAACAUACCCCCCUUUUUUGCCUUUUAAACAGAAAAAAAGAAAAGCAACAAAAAAGCAAGAACACUGUAUAAUAUGUACAAAAUGAAGGACUACUUUUGUAUGUGAUUGCAGUAUUAUAUUUUGUUCUUUUACAAUUCUUCUGGUCAAAAACAUUUUUCUAUUUUUUCGUUUACUUUACCCCCUUUACCCGAAUAGCCACUACCUCUGUGAAACAAUGAAAUGGAAAAACAGAGAAGAAAAAGAACAAUAUUGGAACAAUUUAAAUUUUUUAUUUUUGUAUGAAUUGUACAGGAAAAAUGUUCCAUUUCAGUAGUGCCAAGUGUCUGCUACUUUUGGUACUGCAAAGAGGGAGGGGAAGCUUAGAGUUAUGUAGCCAGUGCAGAUGUGCUUUGGUGAGCAUCUUGGUCACCCCAUGUGUAGUGUUAGAAGUGUGUGAGAACCAGGAGGGACAUGUUUGAGGUGACUUGUGUACAGCACAUGUAAAAUGUUGACUGGGUGGCAUCUUCAAUGUUUCCACAUUAUUUACUCAGAGAUAUAUGUUCAAGACUGAUUGUUUCUUCCUUGCACAAGUGUCUUGAAAGUAAGAACACAAACAUACACCAUUAAAACAGCAGGAUAGUAUGCUUUUAUGUUUUAAGCAUUUUAAGGUUGAAGAGGUGUACAAAUAGCAUUUAUGUCAGAGAUAAAUGAGUGUAUGAGUGCAUCAGUAAAAAAGAGUGACAGCAUCAUUGAAAUGUCACAGGGGUCACAGCACUCCCCAGACAGAGACGUUGCUCUGGGCCGUCAGAGCAAAUGGGAGGGUUGAGGUCCGUGCUGCAAACACGGCCCCCACAAGAGCAAGCUGAGGGUGUAGGCUUCCAUUUACUGUGUAAGGGAGAGCUGUGCACGACCAGAGUAACAGUAAUGGAGAAGAUUGGAAAGUGUGUACUGUUUUUUGUACUAACUCUUUUUUUUUUUGGUGAGGGCUGGCUAGUAUAUAUGUGUCACGUCCGUGUAGAUUUUGAUCAUUUUUUUGAAACGUUCCUGUUUGUGCAUUUUCAAUCACGUUUUCAUCCUCAGAACCGGCACUGCAAUUUCUGCCCUCUGACACAUUCUCCAGCUCAGUCACUCUCCUAUUAAAGAGUCGUUGCUUGUGUUGGGGGCCAUAUUUUAAUGCAUGUGAAAAGACAAAAAGUUAAAAAAAAUAAGUACAUAAAUAAAAGGAAAUAACUAGAAUAAGAGUCCUUUUGCUUGCCCAACACCAUGCAACAGGAUUCACAUAAGUGUAAUUUUUUUACUGCAGCUCUCGCUUCUCUGUCUGUGAA